ACUUCAGUAUCAGUUCUUUAUCAAGCUUCAACCUCAGUGGUUGUCCAAAAUGUUUAGCUCCACGAAAAUUAUUUUGUGCGCAUUUCUUUUGCUGUAUCCUUACGGAUCCCUGAUAGAAGCCCAGGAGGGCAGGCGCUAUGUGUGUCUAUUAUCAGAUCCUCCCAACCAGUGCAGUGAAUAUUGCGUAUCCGCACUGCAGCCGGUCAUCGAUCACCUCUCGAAGGAGCAACAGGACUGGGGAGCUUGCGAGGUGAAAGUUAAUGGAACCGUGGCGAAACUGGAUAAGAUAGAAGACCAGUUGACGGCGACACAAAUCAAAAUAGAAGCCCAGCAAGCAUUCCUUGUGAACAAUAUCUCGAAGGCAAUCGCCCAGGACGACCUUGUGCAAAAACUAAAGGAUAUCGAAGGCAAUCAGACAGUCCUGGGUAAUCAGUUGAAAGAUGGACAGAAGAGAACGGAAAGCCAGCUGACAGCCAUCCAGAAGUCUCUAUCCGAUAUCGAAAGGAAACUCGUGCUGCAGAGAUACCAACAGAUAGGAUCGAGGUAUUUCUACAUCGAACACAACUUACAGGUGAACUGGAGGACCGCCGAGCAGAUGUGCAUUGAAAUGGGCGGCCACCUCGCAGCCUUCCAAAAUGCCCAGGAAUACAACGCCAUAGUGUCCCAACUGAACAAGGCGAACUACUGGCUGGGAGUCAACGACCUGGCCAAGCAGGGCGAGUUUAUAUCCUUGGCCUCCGGAAAGCGAGCCACCUACUUCAAGUGGCGCAAAAAUGAACCCAAGUACAAUAAUCCCACCCAGCACUGCGCCUACGUUUAUGGACACGAAAACAUUAUGAUCGUUUUAUCCUGCACCACUGACGUUAUGCAUUUCAUUUGCCAAUCAGAUAGUGAUGUUUAGUUUUGAAGAAUCAACAUAUGUUUGAAUAAAUAUUCCAAUAGAACCACAAA